CCUUCACCUCCGCCUCCUCCCACCACCAUCAUCACCUGCGCCUCGUACUGCGCCCAAAUCCGCUUCUCCUUUCGAGUUCUCAGAGCGUCCGCGGAGGUCGUAGCCAUGGUGAAGCGGAAGAAGCAUGAGAAGAACGACGGCUCGGCGGGGAAGUCUCGGGAGCGGCCGACGCCGCCGGGAUCGGCCCCUUCGAAGAAGAUCAGGAAGGACAAGAGUGAGAGGAGUGGCAGUAGAGUUGAUAAGGAGAAGGGUAAGGAGAAGAGGGUCGAUAAGGAGAAGGGGAAGGAGAAGGGGGAGGAGAAGGGUAAGGUGACGCAGGAGAAGAGCUCCGGGUUCAUCUUCUUGUGCAGCGGGAAGACGAAGCCGGAGUGCUUCCGCCACCGCGUGUUCGGGAUGCCGAAGGGGAAGAUCGAGGCGGUGGAGAAGAUCAAGCCCGGGGCGAAGCUCUUCCUCUUCGAUUUCGAUCUCAAGCUUCUCUACGGGGUCUACAAGGCCACCUCCAGUGGUGGGUUGAACCUCGUUCGGGAGGCCUUCAGAGGCGCUUUCCCUUCGCAGGUCAAAUUUAAGAUUGACAGGGAUUGUCUACCUCUUCCUGAGCGUACUUUUAAACAAGCUAUAAAGGAGAACUAUGAUUCAAAGGGCAAGUUCGCUUCUGAGCUCAAUUCAAAACAAGUCCGUAAGUUGAUUAUGAUGUUUCGCCCGGUUAAAGUGCAAGCACCCUUGCAAUAUGUCGAGGAUAGGCAGCCUCCUCAUCGAACUCAACGGCCUUCUUCUGAGGACCCUUAUCUAGCGAGACAAUUGCCAUAUGCUCCACCACCACCUAUUGAGUCUCGAUAUAUCCAUCAAGGUUCUUUAGAUUCAAAUGAACUUUAUAUGCAUCACGAACGUCCACCCCCUUUAAUGGAGCUUCGACGUGUUCGAUUACCUCCCUUUCCCCGUGAUGAUCCAUAUUAUCGAGGUCCGUUAAUUGAUUCGCCUCAAAUUGAUAACUUGCGAGCUCGUUAUCCAGACAAUUCUGCUCCACUUGUGCGUUAUAGGCUGGUUCCCGAGAUAAGUCCAAGAGAUGAACAUCACGCAAGGGAUCAGAGGUUUCUAACAGCAAGAGAGCUUGUGGAAGUUGCCCGUGCUGACCAUGCGGAAGAGCUGUACUAUGCUGAGCGACCCACCAACCGAGCCACACCUCAAUCAAGCUAUUUAACCUCCUCAACUUAUGAAAAUCCAAAUCAUUCAUACAAUGAGACAGUAUCUAGAAGGGCCAAUUUGCAAAAUUUGCCCGUCUCGCCUCUCUACUCAUUUGCCGGCCCUCCACCUGCAUAUCGCUGAGAGUCAGCUCGAGGACAUUGCUGCUUAUUCUAAAUGCUUAAACUUUGGAAGAAGAAGAAGAAGAAGAAGCACAUUGCGCCUCAUCCGAGCAAACGAGAGCUUGCAAAGUGUGCAUCGUUUUAAGCUAGUCGCUUAUUUGUUGGUGUAAUACUAGUUUGAUAAAAAGCCCAGUUGUUCUUCAGGUUGAAGUAUGAGCUACAUCUUGUUCUAUACAUCGACCAGUUUCUUAAGCUGUCAAUGUACCGUGGAUGCUGAAGAUGUUACCUUCUUCCUAGUUGCUGUAAAAGAACCUUCCCCUCUGCAAACUUUGUUAUCUUUGUUCGCGGAUAAUGUUUUUCAUUUUUUUUUUUCUGGAGUAACUUCUGGCUGCAAUGACCUGUAUCGCCUGCUUAGUUCUCAAUUUUUGUUCAGAGUAAUGCUAUGGUCACGCUUGUUUAUGUGUAAA